CUCUCUCUCUCUAGAUUAACCUCAUCAUCAUUAUAUAUAUACACACACACAAAAGAGUCAAAAGCAUAUCUUGUAUACUGCUGUGCUGUUGUCUCUAUCAGUUGCUGGUGGGAGGUGGUGGAGUACUUCACCGCCACCACUUUCUCCGCCCCCUCUUUUUUUGUUUUUCGCCCACAAAGCUCGCUUAUCGUACAAUCAAUAUAUAUAUAUAUAAGGUGAACGCCAUCAUCAAUACAUGUAAAUGCUUACACACACACACACACACAAAACAGAUCGAUCAGGGUUUAAUUAAUUUGCAUGAAAAUCAUUAUUUAUGUGAUAUAGAGAGAGCUAGCUUUUCUGGUCUUGUUUUCCCAUAGGAGAAAACCCUUUCGUCUUCCCGUUGCUUUUAUUAUUACCUCGGGAUCUGAUCAUUCUUUGACAAUUUUGGGAUAUAUCACUUCAAUUCCCGAGGCAAAAGAGUAAGUUUACCUUUUUCUCUCCAAAAGUAAUAUAUAUAUAUAUAAGUCUUAGCUUCAGCAAAAGCAAAAAGGAAGGUUGGGAUAUAUACUACUGAGCCAGAUCUACAAGGGUUUCAAAGGCAUUACAUUAAACUAGUUCAAGAGGACUAUGAAUUCAUUUACGCAUGUUCCACCUGGAUUCCGCUUCCACCCGACGGACGAAGAACUGGUAGAUUACUAUCUCCGUAAAAAGAUUGCUUCAAAAAGAAUUGACCUUGAUGUCAUCAAAGAUAUCGAUCUUUACAAAAUCGAGCCGUGGGAUCUUCAAGAACUUUGCAGGAUAGGAAGUGAGGAAGAGAGUGACUGCUACUUUUUUAGUCAUAAAGACAAGAAAUAUCCGACGGGGACUAGAACGAAUAGAGCUACAAAGGCUGGAUUCUGGAAAGCUACAGGGAGAGACAAGGCAAUUUACAGUAAGCAUAGCUUGGUCGGGAUGCGAAAGACUUUGGUUUAUUACAAAGGACGAGCACCAAAUGGACAAAAAUCAGACUGGAUAAUGCAUGAAUAUAGACUUGAAACCAAUGAAACCGCAACUCUCCAGCAGGAAGAAGGGUGGGUAGUUUGCAAGGCAUUCAAGAAGAAAAUGGCAGCUACAUCAACAAGAAGAGACGGCGAACACGAACACGAACACGACUCCCUUUGUUGGUACGAAGACCAACAUCAAGUCUCUUUCAUGCCUCCACAUUUCGACCCUCGUAUUAUUCCUCCGUCACCAUUCCCAGAUUCCUAUAAUAUAAUUCAUUACAAUAAACAAGAACAAGACCUGGAAUAUGCCCAAUACGACAACAGCGAUGUAUUCCUCCAACUUCCCAACUUAGAAAGUCCCAAGGUACAACAAUCCACAGCUGGUGGUACUACUUCACUAAUGCAGGUUUCUUCACUCGAAGAGCAUAUUAUGCAAGAAAAAGAUCAAAUGUUAUCGGCAGCAUCGAACGUUCAAGUGACAGACUGGCGUGUGCUCGACAAAUUCGUAGCCGGUCAGCUGAGUCAGCAUGCUGGUGAUGAUAACAACCAGAUUAAUAUUAAUUCAUCAUGAGGCUUCUGUUGAAUCAAUGGAAAUGAUAUAUAUGCAGAAGAGACAACAAGUUAAUUCGUUAUUAACUUCGAAUUCUCGAGUUGAUUUUAUAUGGAAGGUAAAAGGGAAUAAAAAUUACAGUAUUUGCAUGGGAACAUAUUCAAUUGAUGAAUAUGUCUUGGUUUUGGCUAUAUUAUGUAAUGAGACUAUAUAUGGAGGCUGUUAAUAAUUAUAUAUAUAAAUACAUGUUUGUGCAAAUUAAUAUUGUAAAGCAAACUGCAAGCUAUGUAUAAUGUUAUUGUUGUUUGUAUUUC